AAAUUUCCAUCGAAGCUUUUAGGCCUUCUUCUUCUUCUGCCGCAUUCCUCCAUUGAUUAAUACUAACAACACUCAAACCUAAAUUCUAAUCCUGUCCGGUCAAAGUUUAAUCAUCCCCACUAUUUAUUUAUGUAUCCCGCUCCUCGCUUGAUCAUCCCUUCCUUCUCUAAUCGUCAAUUCAUCGUCUUUCAGGCGACGAAAUUCACUGUUUUUGAAGCCUAGUUCUGCUCCACUUCCUUUGAAUCGGAGACUCGAUUGGGUAUCACCGAUUGCUUGCCCAGACUGUUCAUCGGCAAGGAGGAUCCCUAAUUCUUCUUGCAAGUUGUUGAUGAGCUGAACUUUAAAACCCCUUUUCAUUAUCGCCUUACCUGAUAUCGUUGGACAAGUAUAAAGUCUUUGUCAAAGUUGGUUAAUUGAGAAUGCCGUUGAACGCUGAGAAUUUCUGAUAAUUCAAUAUGUGGUAUUCCUUCUGGAGAUCCAGAGAACGAUUCUCUCUUGAUGAACUCAGAUAUCUAACUGAUCAACUGACAAAGGUUCAAGAUGUUAACGACGCCAACAAGGAUUUUGUUAUUGAGGCUCUUAGGUCUAUAGCAGAAUUGAUAACUUAUGGAGACCAGCAUAACUUGGCCUUUUUUGAGUACUUUAUGGAGAAUCAGGUCAUGGGGGAGUUUGUACGUAUAUUGAAAAUCAGCAAAACAAUAACUAUUUCGAUUCAGUUGUUGCAGACUAUGAGCAUUAUGAUCCAAAACCUUAAAAAUGAACAUGCUAUAUAUUACAUGUUCAGCAAUGAGCAUAUUAGUUUUUUGAUUACUUAUUCUUUUGACUUUCACAAUGAAGAACUGCUGUCUUACUACAUUUCCUUUUUAAGGGCAAUUAGUGGAAAGCUGAACAAGAACACUAUAUCCCUGCUUAUCAAAACUCAGGAUGAGGAAAUUGUAUCUUUCCCUUUGUAUGUUGAGGGCAUACGGUUUGCCUUCCAUGAAGAGAGUAUGGUUCGAACUGCAGUUCGUGCAUUGACACUUAACGUCUAUCAUGUUGGAGAUGAAUCUGUCAAUAAGUAUGUGGCUAGUCCUCCUCAUGAUGAUUAUUUCCUUAGCUUGGUGAAAUAUUUACAGGAGCAGUGCCAAACUUUAAUUAGACUGGUUUUGGAUGCUGUAAAGAAUAAUAGCUUAGAGUCAACAUCAGCUAUUCUUUCUGCAGCAGAUGAAAUUGAAGACAAUCUAUACUAUAUUAGUGACGUUAUUUCUGCUGGGAUUCCUGAUGUUGGGAGGUUAAUAACAGACGCCAUCUUGAAACAUCUGAUUUUCCCAAUGCUCCUGCCUUCAAUUGGGAAGGAAGCAGUUAGAGAAGAAAAAGUUGUUUCUGUCACUUCACUGUAUUUACUUUGUUGCAUUUUACGCAUAGUCAAAAUCAAAGAUUUAGCCAAUAUUGUGGCUGCGGCUCUAUUAUGUCAUCAAGAAACCUGCACACCAGGCUCCAUGCUCAAACUUAAUGGACAUAUUUCUGCCGAUAAUGCUGAAUCUGGUGAAGGCCAAAAGAUUGAUAAUGCUGAUCAUAAUCAGGAGCUUCUUCAAGCAAUAUGCGAGGUUUCUGUAUCAGAUGUAUCUAGUUUGUCACAAUCUCCAUUGAAAGAUGAAAGUUUACAGAAGGAUUUUAAUAGUUCACAGUGGACUUUGAGGGAAGCCUUGCUUUCUUAUGUUACUUCUGGUGACGAUGAUCGAGUAUUUGGUUCCUUGAGCUUGCUGGCCACACUAUUGCAAACAAAAGAACUAGAUGAACUAAUGUUAGAUUCCCUUGGUAUUCUUCCGCAAAGAAAACAACAUAAGAAAUUGCUGCUGCAAGCAUUAGUGGGAGAGGGUUCAGGUGAAGAGCAACUAUUUUCUCGAGAAAGUAAUUCAAUGAAGGAUGGCAUAACUAAUGAUCUUGAUGGCUACUUGCAUAGGCUACAUGAUCAAUAUGGCGUGUCAUGUUCUCUUUCCGAAGUUGAAGUGUGUCCUCUUGCACACAGGUUUCAGGUGCUUGAUGCCCUGGUCAGUGUCUUCGUCCGGUCGAAUAUAUCUGCAGAGACCUUGUGGGAUGGUGGUUGGCUCUUGCGUCAGUUACUUCCAUGUGGUGAAGCAGAGUUCAACAAAGUCCAUUUGAAAUUGCUUCAGGAUUCUUACAACAAUUGUACUCAUCGCUUUCUUGCGGAAACUAGAGGAGUUUGGGCUGAUCUGCUUAUAUCGAUAGUUAUGGAGGAGUGGAAAAAGUGCAAGCGAGCUAUUGAGGCUUCAUCCCCGCGGGGAGAUCCUAGACGUUUGUUAUUCCCAAAGAAAAAACCUGUUUCUGAAGAAGUUAUUCCCAUUGAGACAUCAAUAGCUGCUGGUGAAAGAAUGUUUGAGAUGGUGAAGGUUUUCAUCCUUCUCCAUCAGCUUCAAGUUUUUGCCCUUGGUAGGCCACUGCCUGAUCAACCGACUAUCCUCCCGCCUUUUGAAACUCCAGAAGAAUCUCGAGCAAAGAUUUCUGAGCUCGAUGCUUCUGGACCAAAACCUGGGAUGGAAAUUAAAAUUGUUGAUGGAGUGCCUUGUCGAAUUUCGUUCGAGAGGGGGAAGGAGCGACAUUUUUGCUUUCUAGCAUUAUCUAUUGGAACUUAUGGGUGGCUUAUUCUUACAGAAGAAUUGCCUGUAAAACCUGGCUGUGGGAUUAUUCGCGUUUGUGCACCUUUGGCUGGAUGCGAUCCGAAAGUGGAUGAAAAACAUGCAAGGUGGUUACACAUUCGGAUCCGACCCUCCACAUUUCUCCACACGAAUGCUGUUGACAAAUCUUCAGGUCAUGGGAAAAUGAAGACAAGCCCGUUGAUAGAUGGGAGAUGGACUCUCGCUUUCAGAAACGAGGCCUCCUGCAAGUCUGCUUUGUCGAUGGUUUUGGAGGAGAUGUGUUCUCAAAGCAAGGAGGUGGAAAGACGAUUACAACCUUUACUUGAACUUGAAACGGAUUAUGGAGAUUCUGAGGUUUUGCCUUAAAGUAUACAAUCAAAUUCAGUUUGAGUAUAUAUAUAAUAUAUAUAUAUGUGGAUAUUUAAUGGGCAAUCAUUAGAACCAAAAUGUAAAUUAGAGCUUCUGGUUAGUGAAUGAAGAAAUUGUAUUUCUUUUUGGGCUACAGUUGUUGCUUCCUAUGUUUUCCUUAUCUGAUCUAUAAGUUUUUUUUAACUCA